AUGCUUAUUUUGGGUUGAAAACGUUUUAACCAAACCGACCUUAGCUCAGUUGGUAGAGCGGAGGACUGUAGUCGGUUGAAACCUUCAGCUAAUCCUUAGGUCACUGGUUCGAAUCCGAAAAUUAGCAGAGCGCUAACGCCAAAUCCAAUUGCUAACAGCCAGUUCAAGAAAUCGUUUCCUUUUAUCAAUCAGUUGCUUAAAUCCACGAAAAAGAAAUGGCAAGCACAUUGAGGCUGUAUUUGACUUGCAUAAGGAACACUCUUGAGGCUGCUAUGUGUCUCCAGAAUUUUCCUUGUCAAGAAGUUGAGAGGCAUAAUAAGCCAGAAGUUGAACUAAAGACAAGCCCAGAACUUCUGCUAAAUCCUGUUUUGAUAUGCCGAAAUGAGGCUGAGAAAUGCUUAAUAGAAACAUCUAUCAACUCACUACGGAUAAGCCUCAAGGUAAAACAAGCAGAUGAACUGGAAAACAUACUAGCUAAAAAGUUCCUUAGAUUUUUGUCUAUGAGGGCAGAAGCAUUUCAAGUUUUGAGAAGAAAACCAGUACAGGGUUAUGAUAUCAGUUUCCUUAUCACGAACUACCACUGUGAAGAGCUGCAGAAACAGAAGCUCAUUGAUUUUAUUGUGCAAUUCAUGGAGGAUAUCGAUAAAGAGAUAAGCGAAUUGAAAAUGUCGGUGAGUACGCGAGGGAGGUUGGUGGCUACAGAGUUUUUAAAGCAAUUCUAACAUCUUAAAUAUUAUCAGUAGUAUUAUAUCUGAAUGAAUUCUGGGUUUCAUUGCCCACAAUUGUGAUCCUUCAUAGAUCAGUAGCCAUUGUUAGGUAUGCUUUUGAUAAAACAAAAAGACAAAUUCUCUUCCUCUUUUAUGUACUCAAUGUUCAUAUGUUUUAUGUUGAUAGACAUUGGGGAUAGCAUCUGCCUUGAACUCGAUAAUAUUAAACAUGACAUGAUUAAAUGAUAUAAAAAAGUUUUUUUUUAAAAA